ACUACUUUGAGGCACUCGUCUCAGGCAGGCCAGACUAACUAUCUUACUUUUCUCCAGUUGCCAGGAACAGGAAGCAGGAAAACACUUUAGAAUCGAGUCACCGGCAAUCACGAGCUGGGUCAUAUUUUCGCCACGGAAUCUGUGUUACUAUGCGCUUCUCGCUACGGCUCCUUGCGAGUCUCAGGCCAACACCCAGCAUCAAGGGCAACCCGCUUGUCCUGCUGAAAUUACGUCCCGGAACCCCAGGGCCCGACACCAAAACAACAUCGGGUGCCAGAUCCGCCCUCAAAUCUGCAGCCACGGCAUUUCCGCUGCUUUCCCUAAGGAAGGAAUCCGUGCACCCAGAUUCGCCUGCAAGAACCAGAUUUGCACCUUCGCCCACGGGUCUCCUACACUUAGGUUCAUUGCGCACGGCUCUAUACAAUUACCUCCUAGCUAAACAAACAAAGGGCUCGUUCAUCUUGAGAUUGGAGGACACGGACCAGAAACGGCUUGUUGCGGGCGCCGAGCAGAAUAUCUACGACUCGCUCAAAUGGGCAGGGCUCGAUCCAGACGAAUCGCCCGAAAUCGGCGGUCCCCACGGCCCAUACCGCCAGUCAGAAAGAGGGCACAUAUACCAAAAGUACGUGGACGUUUUACUCGCGAAGAACCUGGCGUACAAGUGUUUUUGCUCCAAAGACCGGUUGCUCAGUCUCCGGGAGACUGCACAGAAACUCAAGCCACCAACUACGGUCACUUACGACCGGAAAUGUCUCCACAACGGUGAAGAAAGUACUGCUGGCCAUAACGACGGGCAGGAGUACGUCAUCAGGUUCCGCGCUCCGGAAGUCUAUGACAAAAUAGAGGACUUGCGCCACGGAAUACUUGACCUCCAGCCUCAGUAUAACCAUGCAGAUCGCCGAUACGAUGAUUUCGUGAUCAUGAAGCUGGACGGCUUGCCCACCUAUCAUUUUGCCAACGUGGUAGACGAUCACCUCAUGGGAAUCACGCACGUGAUCAGGGGCGAAGAGUGGCUCACGCUGACGCCGAAACACGUCGCGCUAUACCAUGCGUUUGGCUGGUCCGUGCCCAAGUUCGUGCACAUUCCGCUCUUGACAAGUCUCGAGGACAAAAAGCUUUCAAAGCGUCACGGUGAUGUGAGUGUGUCAAGUUUCGAAAAAAAAGGUAUUCUCCCAGAAGCCUUGGUGAACUUCGUUGCGCUUUUCGGGUGGUCUCCACCAAGACCUGAGAUGGGAAAGAAGGUCACAGAAGUCAUGUCGUUGAAAGAGAUGAGUCAGAAAUUUAGAUUGGAUAACAUGACCAAAGGCAACGUGAAAGUUUCAGAGAACAAGUUGCUUUUCUUCAACAAGCAGCAUCUCGCCCAGAAUCUCCGUGAUCCGCAAAAAUCGCCCUUGCUUAUAGAAACGGAAUACCAAGCAUUCCUGGAAAGAACGAGCGGCCAAUUCAAUAAAGACUAUUUCGAGAAAUGCAUCUUCAUUGCUAUGGGACACCUUGAGAAAUUAUCGGAUCUUCUUGACGUCCAUCCAUAUUUCUUUAAAGACGUGGACUUUUCCCAGGCGAAGCCGCCUAAGAAACUCAGUGAAACAAUCACAAUAUUGCGGGCAAUCACAGAGCUUUCAAAGGAGCUGCAAGCAAUCAUCUCUAUUGAAAAAAUCGAAGAGGCUUGCCCCGAAUACCCAACUCUGUUGAUUAUGCAGAGUCUUCGAUUUGCAUUGACUGGAAUGGUCCCAGGUGUUAAUAUUGCUGAUGUCCUGACAGCAAUUGGCUAUGAAACCUACUUGCACCGCUUGGAAUCAGCCAUCAAGUAUCUUCUGGACAUCGGCAAAUCUGACCAGUGAACCUAAUAAGCGAUUUAGUUGUGUAAACAUGUAAAUAUAAUAGUAGUCUCUCAAUCAUAUAACCAAGAGAAUUUUUAUUCAG